UUUGUUGUUCAUUUAUUGUUAUUACUACUACAUAGCCUCUAGCCCCUGGCUAGCUAGCUAGCUAGCUCCGGGCUAGUCGUGCAUGAAAUUAGUCGAGUACAUGUAGGCCUUCAUAUACUGUGUACAUGAGCUAGGAAAAUGGCGGCGGCGGGGGACUCCACAAAUGUUGAAAAUUCGAAGAUUGAAAAUGAGGAAGAUUAUUCAGACUGGAUGUCGAAACUACCAGAGAAACUUCUGUGUGAGCCGCUGAAAAAUAUUGCGAUUCCUGGAUCACACGAUUCAUUUAGUUACACUCUUGAUCUCAAUACGCCAGUGUCACCAAGCUCCCCCGACACUGUGCGCAAUCUAGUAUCAGCGUUUGGUGACAUGGCCAAAAAGAUUGUCUACAAAUGGUCAGUCACGCAGAGUUUGACCUUUAUACAGCAGCUUGACCGUGGGAUACGCUACUUUGACCUCCGUGUGUCAACCUUGAAGGGCAAGGCAGAGCUCUAUUUUGUCCAUGGAUUGUAUGGUGCUGAGGUUGGCACCUGCAUGUGUGAGAUCAAAUCCUGGCUGGAUAAACAUCCCAAAGAAGUCAUCUUGCUGGAUUUCAACCACCUCUAUGAGAUGGACAGUACUGACCAUGAACAGCUUGUAGCAACUCUGUUAAGCGUAUUUGACUCCAAACUGUGCCCUGUCAUUGACACUGAGACAGCCGCCCUUAAUGUUCUCUGGGAGAAAGGCUGGCAGGUAUUGGUGUUCUAUCAUCACCCGGUGACAGUAGGAGAUCACCCUGAGUUGUGGUCAGGGUCAUACAUGCCAUCUGUCUGGCCCAAUGUGACUGAAGCCCCUAAGAUGGUAAAUCUCCUGGAGGCUCAUUUCACCCGUGGUCGACCUCAGGGGAAGUUCUAUGUCAGUCAAGGUGUCUUGACCCCAACAGGGACUACCGUCUUGCAGUACAUCAGCCGAUCCCUGCAAGAUGUCUUUGCACUCAUCGCCAUCAAGAAUGUGCAAUAUUUUAUGAAAGACAAGGGUAUUGGGCCAAGGGGACUUAACAUUGUCAUUGCAGACUUUGUUGAGUUGGGGGAUUUUAUUCCAAGUGUUUUAGCACUUAAUCACAAGGCCUGAAAGAAUUCAUCAGAGAAGUGUGUUGAUAUUACUUCAGUGUUAAUCCUUUAAAUGUAAUUAAAGAACAUCUUGAAAUCCUUUAAAUAUAGUUAAUUUCUUUUCUAAUAGCCUACAAACACAUGUAUGUGUGUAAAGUUUUUUAAUAUCUAAAAAUACAAAUUUUAGAAAAAGUCACUUGUGUUAGCAGGAGCCUGAAUGUUUUGAGUCAUACUAAUCCAAGAAGAUGCCAUACUGCAGUGGCGUUGCGCAAACCCCACAUUCCUGAUCUUGAGACCUGCGUGCUUUUGGCAAAUUGCGACACCCUAUUGGUCAAUGUGGCAAGUCAAGCGCGCGUGUGCCACCUAUUUACGCACGUGCCACCGCAGUAAUAGCUUCUAAUUCUGGUUCUCGAAUUACACUAUACCACAAAGUAAGUUCCUAUCAAGUUUUGUUUAGUGUUUUGCCUAAACACAUAUAUAUAUUAAUUAACCUUAAAUACAUUUCUGAUAUGAAUUAACUUAUUUGAAUAUUUAUUGAGAUAAUGACUAUAAGCUAUUUAUUGCAGUGGUUCACCAGCUUAGUAUGGCAUUCCGCACAAGUAUAUACCCAAGUCACUGAAACGUUGUGCUAACUCAGAGGAAAGUGAAACAAGUUCUGAACCUGUACCCUAAUGCUCCCAGAUAUUUCAAAAUCCAACGGGGAAUCUUGAAGGAUUUUGUAGGGCUGAGAAGGGUGAGGCUAGUGCGCUUACAUAUAUGGAGCUUGCUUCUUCUGAAAGACAGCAUGAAAAGUAGUUUCUUAUAAUGGAUUUUGAAGGAUUUAGUGCAUUGCCUGGUCUGAGGACUUUGAUUAUUUCCAUGAUCGAUACUCAGAUUUGUAAGUAAAUUAAAUUAUUCACAGUCACCUCA